UGCAGAAGGGAGUGGGAAAUAAGAGAGUGGCAAAAUUAUCUUAAUGUCUCUGCUUUUGUUCUGCAUGAAGUAAACUUGCCGCGUAUUCUAGAUAAUGUCCAAGAAUGUCCAUUUCUGGGACUUUGAGCAACUAUUACGUGGACUCCAUCAUAAGUCAUGAUAGCGACGAACUCUCAGGCGCGCCUCGCUUCUCCAGCGUCCAGUUUCCCGUUUCCACCUCCGCUGUGACCGAUGGAGCCGCGCACCCCGAGCACGCUCACUCCGAGCCAUAUCCAUCCUGCAGCUUCCAGCCCAAAGGUCCGGUCUUUUCAUCACCCUGGGGCCCCUUCAGCCCGCACCACGGAACUAGUGGUCUCCCUGCAGUCUACCAUCCCUACAUCCCGGGCCAGCAUGUCGCCCCAGGCGCCGCAGACACAAGAUACAUCCGCUCAUGGCUGGACUGCGCUCCGCGAGACUCCGAGUCUUUCCCGGGCCAGAGCCAAGCGGGGCAGGUCAAACUGGAACCCCAGCUUAGCCAUCAAGGCGGGGAGCUUCCCAUCAAAAUCAGCGGACAACACGAGACUACCACAUACAUUCUAGAAUCGAUUUCCACGGCGGGACGCGAGCUGAACCUCCAUCCGACUUCCAUUCAGGGAUCAGGAUUUGAAGAAAGUAAGGAUGUCUGUGAAGGGAGUAAAGACAAGGACAGCGCGGAUCAAAAUGACCCAUCAGCCAACUGGCUUCAUGCACGCUCCUCCAGGAAGAAGAGGUGUCCAUAUACGAAAUACCAGACCCUAGAGCUUGAAAAAGAAUUUUUGUUCAACAUGUAUCUCACGAGAGACCGGAGGCAUGAGGUGGCCCGCGCACUGAACCUGACAGAGAGGCAGGUUAAGAUUUGGUUCCAGAACCGGAGAAUGAAAAUGAAGAAACAGAGCAAAGACCAGACCAAGGAGUAGUGGGACUAAAGAGUACAUUACAAAUGAUCACUCACCACUUUCUCUCUUUAUCCCUCUCUCUCUCACUCUCGGUCUCUCUUACACCCCCCCCACACACACACACACACACACACACACACGCCCACACAUACAGAUUCAUUGCCUACCAGAUAGUUAAUCCAUCAUGAAGCACCUUUUUUGUAUAACCAGAAUACAAUGGACUUUCUGAACAGACAUGUACACCAACCUUCAUUUCCAUCAGUCAGGAGGCCAGUAACACUCUUCAAAUGAUAAACCAGAAGGCUUUGACACAGUAUUCAAAAUAUGCAAGAAAAAGUCAGAUUCAUACAAAGCUUUUAAUGAAAUCAGUGAACUGAGUUUGAAUCUAUUUCUUAAAUACAUGAACACAUAGCUAUAGUUAAGGGAUGUGGGAAGUCCAUUGGCUUGGACCAGAGUUUAUAGAACCACCAACAUCUGAAAGAAGAUCAGUGUUCACUUCCUGUAAUCCAUCCACCCUCAGAAAGCGACUUCAUCCCUAAAAAGUGUUGGACAAACUAUAGUAGAAGUAAAGUUUUAAAAUAUUCAGAUGUUUUGUAAGAAGGCUGGAACUUUGAAAUCGUUUAAGCUUAUGUUAAUAAAUGAGGUUGAUCGUACACACAAGCAGCAGUUCCUUAUGGGCAUUUUCUACUUUCAAUUAACUGGAUUCCAUACAGAAUGCAGGCAUCACUAGUCUCGUGGUAAAAAACAUAAGUACUUGACACCAUAAGUACAUAUGAAAGGGAAGGAAGCUGGUAAACAUUUUAAUAACUAAGUAAAACACAGAAGUAGAUUGAUAACAGAAAAACAGAAUCUUUCUUGCUUUCAAACCGUGCUAUUCCUUAUUUUUGAUACAUGACGCUAACAGAAGCACAUAGAAGUGGAGAAACUGUAUCCGAAAAUGAAAGACCACCCACAGACCUUUAUUCCUGAGAUGUAUUGCUAACGUAUGAAUAAUAAUGGCCUUCUAAAGUUGUACAAUUGUUUUAAAUUUUGUUUAAUUUAAACUGUACAAACCCACAAAUUCAAGCAAAGACUAUUCAAUUAUUUUUCGAACAAAAGAUAUUGUCUUUGUGAAAACAUUCAUCCUGAACUGACCUGUCCAGGGAGUGACCUGCUUCUUGGCCUGUAACCACUGGAGAAGGGCGCCAGCUUUGGAAAACCAGUUUCUCACCAGUUUCUGACAUUCCUAAAACAAGGACAUUUAUAGAUUUGGUGGCUUUCUAAACAACAAGAGCUGCACAUGCCCUCAAACAACAAGAGGUAUACACAGAUCAUCAGUCGGCAAAAGGAAAAUAACAACGCAUUGCCAUAGUCCAGAUUUUAUUCACUGUGCUGUCAAGUUGCAUUUUAGAAGAAAUUCUCUCUAUUUUUCUACAUACAAAAUAUUUAGUGUCUGCUAUGCAAGGUUUUUGUUAUUUCAGGAAGUUUACUGCAAAAAGGGCUUUCAACUCCUGUAAGUAAGGACUGCUUGAAUGAUUUGGUAUCAUUCACCGAUGCUUAACUCCUGAACAUGUUUUUAUAACUACCGUGAUACUUAGGAUUGAUUUCCUGUUUGUUUCUGCUGCUGUUUUAACGUGAUAGUUCUGACCAUUAUCAUUUGAGAAUAUCUUCUAAACAUUUAUGAUUAUUAUGUUUCAAUCAAAAACUGGUGGUGGCUAUGUUGGCCAACCUUUCUGUCUCUGUGCUGUUGUGUGAAAUGUGGACAUGAAUGGGAUCUUGUUUGUAUUUGGGAAGGUCUUGUGUGAGUGGAGUGUCAUUGUGUGAGUGCAGAUGCUGGUAAGAGCAAAUAAGUGUGAGUGAGUUUAUGAGCGUGUGUGUUUGUGGUGGGGGGUACCCUGUAAGAUAUACCCAUGCUUAUCUUACAGAGUGGUGAGCUGAGUGUCAGCAAGUGAAUGUAGGUGAGUGUGUGUGUGAGCACAGGUGUACACGGGGCUGGGGCAUGAAGGCGUGAGUUUGGGUGUGUGUGAGUGUGGAGGAGUGUAACCUGGUCAACUAGAACGGUCCUAUCCAGACAAGAGCUACAAAUUUUAAAAUAAGCAGCAUCACACCCUCCAUUUAUGAGAGAAAAUGUUUACAUGGUUUGUGCAUGCCUCCAGUCAUUUUGAACAGGUUAUUUUGUUGUGUGGUAAAUCUAUCUAAAGGCAUUGCUUGCUGGAAAUAUUGCUAGAAAAAUAAUUAAAAUGUCUUAACAUGAAACAUUUCUAAUUUAUUGUACACAAAGCAAGUAACCUUGUGUUUCAUGAUGAAAUAAGUCAAAUAUGUUGAAUAUAAUUUUUUUUUGAAACACAUUAUCUUGCUGUACUAUGGAUUAUUUUUUGUUGUCCAUGUUGUGCUGUCUGAAUUAUAUAGUUUGAUGUCAGUCUGAUGAGUUUUUUGUGUAUUUUAUUGUGAAUUUAUUUGAUAGUGAUCAGUAAUGAGUUAGACUGUUUGUGUUUUGGAAAAGAGGAGAGGAAAAGAUAUGAUAAAGAUAAAGUAAUGCUAACAGAAUUAAUUUAAACACUCAUUUCUUUUACUGUGGUUUCUUAACUUCUAAAGUCUUUGUGUUGGAUACUGUCUUAGUUUUUGCUCUCCUGACAAAAUGAGUAUGUUGAGAUUUGCUGUGGGUUAAUCUGGCCAGUGAUCUUGAAAUUAAUCCAUAUAAUCUAAGUCAUGUGGUCACAGUAAGAAUCUUUCUUAAUGAGCACACAAACUCCUAUUUUAGUUUUCUUUUCUUCUUGUAUGUUUACCUCCCCUCUUCUCUCUGCAUUGUAUUUCAUGCUUUGUGCACUGGCGCUGCUCAUCAUAGAUUCAUAUUAAAUUUAAGACCCUA